UUCAACUCUCUUGAUCAUCAUCAUCUCCAGCUACAACUGAUUUCAACUUCUCCAAAAAAAUUUGAUCUUAUCAAAAAAUGGAAGAAAUCGAAAUCCCAUCAUACUUCCUCUGUCCAAUCUCAAUACAAUUAAUGAGAGAUCCAGUAACAAUAUCCACAGGAAUAACAUACGAUCGAGAAUCUAUAGAAAAAUGGCUUUUCACUUUCAAAAAAUCAUCUUGUCCAGUAACAAAACAACCCAUCUCCGGCCGCGACUCCGAUCAUCUCACUCCUAACCACACUCUCCGGCGACUAAUCCAAGCCUGGUGUACCCUCCACGCCGCUGCCGGAAUCGAAAGAAUCCCCACUCCAACUCCACAACUUACUAAAUCCCACAUCGCCAAAUUACUAACCGAGGCUAAAAAAUCAUCCAAUAAUCUUCUCAAAUGUUUCCAUGUUAUAAAGUCAAUGGUGCAAACAGGGCAGAACAAUAGGUAUUUGGAGAAUUCCGGCGCGGUUGAGUUCUUGGCCGGAGUUAUUAGAAACGGCGACGUUUCAACGUCGGAAGAGGCGGUUAGUGUUCUUUUUAACAUAGGCGCUUCCGAAUGCUCGUUGAAGAAGAUCGUUAAUAAUGAGAAUGGCGGCGAGUUUGUUGAGUCGAUUACGCGAGUUCUUAACUCGGGUAGUUUUCAAACUAGGGUUUCAUGUAUUACAUUGAUGAGAUCUGUAUUCGAAGUGGCCGACCCGACCCAUUUAAUUGGUGUCAAGAUGGAGUUUUUCUCGGAAGUUGUCCGACUUUUGAAGGAUAACAUUGCUACAAAGACGGUAUUGAAGCUAUUAAUGGAGGUUUGUCCGUGGGGUAGGAAUAGGAUAAAGGCGGUUGAAGCUGGAGCGGUUGCAGCUUUGGUUGAGAUUUUGAUAGAUCAAACUAUUAUUGGAGGAGGGAAAAGGAUUAAUGAGCUAUGUAUGGUGGUUUUGGACCAACUUUGUGGAUGUGCGGAGGGGAGGGCGGCAUUAUUAGGGCAUGCGGCGGGGGUGGCGGUUGUCGGAAAGAAGAUACUUAGGGUCUCGCAUGAGACAACGAAUAGGGCGGUGAGGAUAUUGUCGUCGGUGUCUAGGUUUUCGGGGAAUCCUAAGGUUUUACAAGAGAUGAUGCAAGUAGGGAUAGUGUCGAAGUUGUGUUUGGUUUUACAAGUUGAUGUGAGUUUGAGAACUAAAGAGAGGGCUACUGAAAUGCUUAGGGUUCAUUCUAAGGUUUGGAAGAAAUCGGCUUGUAUUCCUCAUCAUUUGAUUUCUUCUUAUCCAUGUUCUUGAGGAGAUAGUGCGGAUUUAGUUAUAUUUGGGGUAUGAUUUUUUGGUGUACAGAUUUAAUUUGAUAAUAUGGAUGUGUGAGGAUAAGGUAGCCUCACAAAUAUUUAAUUUUAAUGAUGUAAACUAUACAUU